AUGUAUAUAUAUAUAAGAACACGACAUAAACGCAAAGUAAUUCAAAUAUUUGAAAGUAAAAACAAGAAACAAGAAGCUCACAUACACACAAGAAUGUCACGUAUUGCUUCACAUGCAGGAUCCUGGUAUUCGUCCUCGCCCAGCCAACUGCUCACAGAACUCACAGGUUACCUGGAAGUUGCGUCUAGAAAACACAAGUAUCCCAUCCCCAAUGCACAAAUCUGUGUAUCUCCACAUGCAGGGUACACGUAUUGUGGAUCCACUAUGGGUCAUUCGUUUGCAUCGUUAGACAUCUCGCGGGAGGAUGCUUUGCCAUUACGAUUUUUCAUCCUUGGUCCCUCUCAUCAUUUUUAUUUCAGAGACACAGUGAUGUUAUCCCAAUUUGAUACUGUGAACACUCCAUUGGGUGCAUUGAAAAUCGAUCAGUCGUUAUGCCAUCAAUGGUAUAAAGGCAAGGAAACACGGGAGUUGUUUGAAAUAUUGAGUUCUGAAGACGAUGAAGCUGAACAUUCAUUAGAGAUGCAAUUCUCCAUGCUAUAUGCUACGUUAAAAUAUCGUGAAGUUCCAGAUAUUGACACAAACGUUAAGGUUGUUCCAAUGAUGAUAUCUCACAAUAAUGCUGAAAUCAAUGAUCAACUAGGCAUACUAUUAGCAAAUGCGUUCAAAGAUCCGCAUUUUCACAAUUAUAUCAUAGUGAGUAGUGAUUUCUGUCAUUGGGGGAAACGAUUUGGUUAUACGGCGUAUGCGUCGAGUGAAGAGGAUAUCAAGGAACUAAUGUCUGAACAAGGAGGCGAUGAUCUUGAAUCGUUGACUACAAGAAGUAAAUUGGAUCAUCAUGAUGUUAGUAUAUGGGAAUCGAUUAGUAUAUUAGAUCAUUAUGCGAUGAAUAUGUUAGGUAAAAUGAACGUUGAUCAAUGGGAAUUAUAUCUUGAAGCUACAGGUAAUACCAUAUGUGGACAACACCCAUUGAAGUUAGUAAUUGGAAUGAUUGAACGAGAAAUUAAGGAAACCUCAAGAAAGGAAUGGAAAUGGCAUUGGUUAGAUUAUUCUCAAAGUAGUCAUGCUAAAAAGAUUACUGACAGUAGUGUUAGUUACACAGCAGGAUGUAUAACAAAACAAUAA